UGAGGAAGCAACCCCUUUUUUUUUCGUUCUCCCCACACCCCGCUCGCCCUGGAACGCUCGAGCGAGCGGUCGCCAGGGGAGCGCGCCACCACGGCGUGGCUGGAGGAGCACGCGGACCUCGUCCGUGCGCAGCUGGCGCCCUGCGAGGAUCAGCUUCAUCAGCUGCUGGAGCUCUGCGAGGGCAUCGAGGGCGGCGGCACCACCCUGGCGGAGGCCGCGGAGGCCAACAGCUGUCACUCACUGCGGUGUUUGCUGGCCAACAUGCAGGUCUGGGGUGCUCAGGGCAACCCGCGGGCGGAAGGCGCAGACUUCGCCUUCCUCACCGGGCAGGAUAUCCCGCCGAGCCUUCUGGAGAUUGACCAGUUCCUCUCCAAGGACGAGGUUAGUGCGCACUACACGAGCCCAGCACGGGUGGCAGAGCUGCUGAAGACGCUGCACCCGGACACCUUGGCGCAGUUCCACCGGCAACUGGCGCGGAUGCGGGUCACCGUGGUCUCGCGGGAGUUCCGGAGACGUCAAAGCCUUUUGCAGGGCGCAUUGAGGAACCUCUCAGUGCAAGGCGACCAGCAAGAGCUGCUAGACCGACUGGUGCGUACCGUCCUGUUGCACCUGGACGAGAUCGGGAACUUCGUUGCCCUGCUGGCAGGAUUUUUCAAGAGUGUGGACCUUGCUAGCACCUUAGAUAACUCCGUGCAGGAGCCACGGCCAGUGAUCGACAGGUCGAUGGCUGGCUACGCCAUGCACGUGGACUGUGGCCACAACGGGCCGUUGGACGAGGUGGACUUGCGGCAGCUGGAGCUGCACCUGAGAGUGGCCAACUUUGGGCGCUUGGAAGUCUGACGUCGGCGCUUGGAAGUCUGACGUGAGGGCUGCUUGGGGGCUUGAUGUGGCCGUGGUUGGAAAAAUGGACGCACCGUGCCCUCGAGUCAAGCUGAAGCUAGCGCAGAACUUGCUCCGCCGCGCCUUGCGCCUCGCGCCCUUUUCACUACGGGUCUCCGGCGGCUGGUUCGGAAUAUUCUGGGACGCUACUCCAUGAUGGUGGGGGGGGGG